ACUGUAAUAAGAUGUUAUAGGGUGAUAAGAUGUCUGUAUAGGGCUGUGAUUAUAACUUAUAGUUCUCUGAAGUGACUUUAGUCAUUUCUGAGUUUCGGCUCUCCAGAUAUCCCUUCGCACCCCGCCCCCACCAUAUCUAUUUUUUAGCCCUGGUUUCCCUCGUCCUCCCCUCUCCCGCGUCCUGUUAUUGUGUUGGGAACGCAGGACUUCCUCUCCUAUCGGACUGUCCUCUCGUGGGAGACAUGACAUGGCUUCGAGUAGAGUGACUGUGGCAUCUGAGGUUCGCAAACAGGUCUCCAGAGAGUAUGGAGGGUCUCCGCAGCUAUCCAAGAAGCGUGCAGGGGGGGCACAGGCCGUUCCGCUCUCGGAGGUGGUGGACCCCCUGGAUUUUGAGGCGUAUUUGGCCAGCCACCCCCCAGACUCAGAAUUUGAAGCCCUGAGGGAUCUGUAUGACUUUCCACCUGAUGACAUUGAGAUCUUGUAUGAGCCCAGAGAAUGCCGUACACUAGAGCCUGCAGCCCCCGAAGAAGGAAAGUUGGACGCCCGAGUCCGAGAUGCCUUAAAGGUGUAUACUCACGACUGGGUGAUUGUCCAGAGAAAGUCACAGAAACUGAGCACGGCGUAUACUCCGAUCACCGCCGAGCGCCAGAGGCAUCGACAGAAGAACCUAACCAGACAGCUCUAUGAACUGGAUGAAGCUGCCGAAGAGAAGGGAUGUGCAGAGGAAUGUAUAGUGCAGGAAGACAAAAAAAGGGCAUCAGCUUCCAUGGACGAGACGCCGCGGGGCAGCUGGGCCUCUAGUAUUUUUGACCUGAAGAACUCCUCACCUGAUCCCUUACUCCCCAAUCUGCUGGACAGAACCCCUCCUGAGGAGAUAGACAGGAUGAAUGAGGAGCAGAGGAGAGAGAACAGACACCCCCACCUCCUGACCUUAUACCCUGCCCCCGAUGAGGAUGAAGCUGUUGAACGCUCCACUGUUCCAGAGGUGCCUAAGGAGCACUUUGGACAGAGGAUCAUGGUGAAGUGUAUAGCACUAAAGUUCGAAAUUGAAAUUGAACCCAUAUUUUGCGUCAUGGCUUUAUAUGAUGCUAAAGAGAAAAAAAAAAUAUCAGAAAGUUUCCAUUUCGACCUGAAUUCAGACACCAUGAAAAAUAUGCUGCGGACACAAGGUGGCCACCAAGCGCCCUCCACCCUUGCAAGAUCCGCCAUCUUCUCCAUCACAUACCCAUCUCCUGACAUUUAUCUCGUCAUCAAGCUGGAGAAAGUCCUACAACAAGGAGACAUAGGUGAAUGCUGCGAACCUUACAUGAUCCUAAAAGAGAGUGACGGCAUCAAGAACAAGGAGAAGGUGGACAAGCUGAGAUCCCAGGCGGAGCAGUUCUGUUCACGUUUGGGCCGCUACCGUAUGCCUUUCGCCUGGACGGCCAUUCAUUUGAUGAACAUCAUCAACAGCAUGGGGACAUCGGAGCGGGACUCCGACUCUGAGAGCGAAAAGAAGGGCACGUGGAAUGAAAGGAAGAAGAAAGCCUUCGAGAGGCUCAGCGUUGGGGACGAAGUGUGCGGGUUUAACUCCUUCAGGCCCGCAACGCUCACGGUCACUAACUUCUUUAAGCAGGAAGGAGAUCGCCUGAGUGAUGAAGAUCUCUACAAGUUCUUGGCUGAUAUGAAAAGACCGUCCUCUGUACUGCGGAGACUGCGGCCAGUAACAGCUCAGCUAAAGAUUGACGUCUCUCCGGCUCCGGAGUCCCCCCAGUUCUGUUUGUCUCCUGAACUGCGUCAUGUCAAGCCAUAUCCCGAUCCCCGUGUGCGGCCAACCAAAGAGAUCCUGGAGUUCCCUCCGCGCGACGUGUACUCCCCCUACACAUCAUACAGGAACCUUCUAUUCGUCUACCCCAAGUGUCUCAAUCUCAGCAGUCGACAAGGAUCUGUCAGGAACAUUGCUGUUAAAGUUCAGUUUAUGGCGGGAGAGGACCCCAACCAAGCCUUGCCGGUGAUAUUUGGCAGAUCCAGCUGCAAUGAGUUCUACAAUGAGAGCUACACCGCUGUCGUCUAUCAUAAUAAGUCUCCGGAGUUCUAUGAGGAAUUCAAAAUGAAAAUUCCUGGAAACCUGACGGAGAACCAUCACCUUCUCUUUACCUUCUACCACGUGAGCUGCCGGCAGAACCAGCCCACCUCACUGGAAACGCCCGCCGGAUAUACGUGGAUCCCUUUGAUGCAACAUGGCCGCCUGAGAACUGGCUCCUUCUCACUUCCUGUUUCUGUGGAGAAACCACCGCCCAGUUAUUCAGUCCUGACCCCUGAUGUCCAGCUCCCAGGGAUGAAGUGGGUGGAUAAUCAUAAACCAGUCUUCACGGUAGAUCUGGUGGCCGCAUCAUCUGUGCAUACACAGGACCCCUAUUUGGACAAGUUCUUCACCCUGGUGCAGGUGCUGGAGGAGCAGAGUUUUCCGUUCCGGCUGAAGGAUGUCAUUAUUACAGAAAGUAACCUUGAGUCGGAGCUCAAGAGCAGUAUGGGAAACCUGCGUCUUGCCGCCCUUGGCCCCGCUGUUUGCUUCUGUCACCAGCUCUUGGAUAAGCUCAUACUGCUGAUCGUACGGCCACCUAUCAUUGCCGGGCAGAUUGUGAACCUGGGCCGGGCAGCUUUCGAGGUAGUGGCCCUGCUGGUGAGCCAGAUUCACCGCACGCUUGAGGGGUCUCAGGACCAACACGGCAGGAAUGGAUUACUGGCGUCCUAUCUGUACUACGCUUUCCAUCUUCCUAGUGACAUGCCGGCCCAGCUAAACAGCGCUCCUCCUCACACCUCGUCCGCCACCACUUACCACUCUGCCACACUCUCUCGUGCCAUGGGGCGCCCCAACAGUCUUAACCUGGCGCGCUGCAGGAGUAUCAGUAACAGCAACCCUGAUCUGACCAGUACUCCGGGCUCCACCGAUGAUGAGGAAGUGCAGAAGAUCAUGGGAGGCAAGGGAAUCGACCGCUCUCACUCUUGGGUGAACUCGGCUUAUUGUCCAGGGGGUCCAAAAUCUGUGCAGCGGCGGGCCCAGCCCAAUUCAAACACUGAGCUUCGACAGAGCAAUGAACGCAGUCCAAACCGCAUUUCCAGCUACUUGGAGGGCGAAUCUUCCUCCGCUCAGCCUCGCCCCGUCGCCAAAAAGUUGUUACACGAGGAGCUGGCGUUGCAGUGGGUGGUGAGCGGUACCCCCGUGCGGGAAGCGGCUCUUAGCCAGGCCUGGUUCUUCUUCCAGCUCAUGACAAAAAGCAUGACCCUGCACCUCCAUAACUCUGAGCGUCUGGACGCACCCCGGGCACAGAGGUUCCCAGAGAGGUUCGUGGACGACAUAUCGGCUCUCGUGUGCAACGUCUGUACUGAGAUCACCAGCCGGUACCUUAAGGAUGCAGAACUUGCGGAGCGGCUCAAUAGCAGCCUGGCCUUCUUCCUCAAUGAUCUCUUGUCCCUGAUGGAUCGAGGAUUUGUGUUUGGUCUCCUGCGCUCCUACUACAAGCAGAUAAACAGUAAAUUGCCAAUGGCACCGAACCCAAACGUGCUGAUCUCCCUGCGCAUGGACCUGAUCCGCAUCGUGUGCUCACAUGAACACUACGUCACCCUAAACCUGCCCUGUGGUCGCCUCUCCCCACCCAACUCACCCUCGCCCUCUAUUUCUUCUACCGCAUCACAGAGCUCGGUCUUCUCCAGUCCGGCCCAGGACAAGAUGGUCACCAAUAUGUUUGAGCUUUCCGUCCCCUUUAGACAGCAGCACUUCCUGUCCGGCAUCAUCCUCGCAGAGCUCGCCCUGAUACUGGAGCCCGAUGUCGACGGAGUGUUUUUCCUCCAGAAGAAGGCGAUCAGCACUCUGCACAACCUCCUCUGCAGCCAUGACACUGACCCUCGCUACUCCGAGCCCAUGGUCAAGCAGAGUAUUUCCCGUCUUUAUCUUCCCUUGAUCGGUGUUGUCCUGGAAACGCUGCCCCAGCUGUACGACUUCACGGCCGAUCCACACGCGCAGCGGGUCCGCCACGCUUCAUCCGUUAUGGACGAGGUGGACUCGGACGGAGGCACCAUCAGUCAGACAGUUGCUAUGGCAAUAGCGGGGUCUCCAUUACCUACAGUGCAGAAGACCGCUAGUUUUCCUCUCCCCCCUACUCCCAUGCGUGCCGGCAGUGUGCUCUCUGCAGAGUCCAGUCGCAAUCUCCUGGUGUGCGCCCUGUGGGUGCUGAAGAACGCCGAGCAAGACUGUCUGCAGCGCUGGUUCUCCAGUCUGUCCGUAAUACAGCUGACCCGGCUGCUGGAGCUGCUGAGCACGUGUGUGUCCUGCUUCCAGUAUAAGGGCAAGAAGGCAUUCGAGCGCAUAAACAGUCUGACCUUUAAGAAAUCUCUGGAUAUGAAGGCGAGACUGGAGGAGGCCAUACUUGGAACCAUUGGUGCCCGCCAAGACAUGGUGAAACGUAGCCGAGAGCGCAGCCCUUAUGGAACCCAGGAGAACGUACGAUGGAGGAAAAAUGUUACACAUUGGAAACCAAGCAGUGAGAAGACAGAGAAAUCACAGGCAGAACGGGACCUUGAAAUUACAGUUGAUGGCAAUAUGGCGGCCGAGGCCAACCUGGUGGUGCUGGACACAUUGGAGAUCAUUGUGCAGACUGUUAUGCUGUCCGAGAUGAAGGAGAGCAUUCUGGGAGGUGUGCUGAAAGUCCUACUGCUCAGUAUGAGCUGCAACCAAAGUGCCCUAUACCUGCAGCACUGCUUCACCAGCCAGAGGGCGCUAGUGUGUAAGUUCCCAGAGAUGCUGUUUGAGGAUGACACAGAACUGUGCUCCGAUCUCUGUCUCCGCCUCCUGCGCCACUGCAGCAGCUGUAUCAGCAGCGUGCGCACCCACGCCAGUGCGUCCCUCUACCUGCUCAUGAGACAGAACUUUGAGAUCGGCAAUAAUUUUGCCCGUGUAAAGAUGCAGGUGACCAUGUCACUGUCCUCCCUAGUGGGCACCUCCCAGAAAUUUAAUGAAGAAUAUUUGCGCCGAUCGCUGAAGACCAUUCUGACCUACUCCGAGGAGGAUCUAGAGUUGAGAGACACCACCUUCCCAGAACAGGUUCAGGAUCUGGUGUUUAAUCUUCACAUGAUCCUGACUGAUACAGUGAAGAUGAAGGAACACCAGGAGGACCCGGAGAUGCUACUGGAUCUCAUGUACCGAAUAGCUAAAGGAUACCAGAACUCCCCAGAUCUGCGUCUGACGUGGCUCCAGAACAUGGCGGCCAAGCACACUGAGCGUUUAAACCAUGCCGAGGCCGCGCACUGCCUGGUACACGGAGCGGCGCUGGUGUCGGAGUAUCUUAGCAUGAUCGAGGAUUCCAGACACCUGCCUGUGGGGUGUGUAAGCUUCCAGAGCAUAUCGUCCAACGUGCUGGAGGAGUCUGCAGUGUCAGAUGACGUCGUAUCUCCGGAUGAAGAAGGAAUCUGUACCGGGAAAUAUUUCACAGAGGCCGGGCUGGUGGGACUGUUGGAGCAAGCCUGCGCAAGCUUCACUAUGGGAUCAUUGUUUGAGGCGGUGAACGAGGUCUAUAAAAUCCUCAUCCCCAUUUACGAAGCGAAUCGGGACUACAAGAAACUGGCGUCCGUCCAUGGAAAACUGCAGGAGGCAUUCAACAAAAUCAACAACCAGAUCACAAGCUGGGAGCGGAUGUUUGGAACAUAUUUCCGUGUAGGAUUUUAUGGUUCUAAAUUUGGUGACCUGGACGAGCAAGAGUUUGUAUAUAAAGAACCGUCCAUCACCAAACUGGCGGAGAUCUCCCACCGUUUGGAGGAAUUUUACACCGAGCAGUUUGGAGAAGGGAUGGUCCAGGUUGUGAAGGACUCCAAUCAUGUGGACAAAACAAAACUUGACCCUAACAAGGCAUUUAUCCAGAUCACCUACGUGGAGCCGUAUUUUGACACUUACGAACUUAAGGACAGGGUCACGUACUUUGAUAAGAACUACAACCUCCGCACCUUCCUCUUCUGUACACCGUUCACGCUCGAUGGCCGGGCUCAUGGGGAUCUACAUGAACAGUACAAACGCAAGACCGUGCUGACCACAUCACAUGCAUUUCCCUACAUCAAGACUCGGGUCAACGUCCUACAUCGGGAAGAGGUGGUAUUAAUACCAGUUGAAGUUGCGAUUGAAGAUAUGCAGAAGAAGACACAGGAGCUGGCAUUCGCCACCCACCAAGACCCGGCUGAUGCCAAGAUGCUGCAGAUGGUGCUUCAGGGCUGCGUAGGGACAACCGUUAACCAGGGACCCUUGGAGGUGGCUCAAGUGUUUCUGUCGGAGAUACCUGAAGAUCCUCGUCUUUACAGACUACACAACAAGCUCCGACUUUGCUUCAGGGACUUCACCAAGAGGUGUGAAGAUGCCUUACGGAAAAACAAGACUCUUAUCGGAGCUGAUCAGAGGGAAUACCACCGGGAACUGGAGAGGAACUACCAGCGACUCAAGGAAGCGCUUACCCCCCUAACAUCUCGGAAGAUCCCUCAGCUAUACAAUGAUCUGCUUCCUCAUACAAGUGCCAGGGACUCUCUGACACGAACAAGUCUGCGCAGAAUUGAUGCCUAAGCUCCCCAGGAGCGCUGUAUGGACUUACGGAUUUCCAGACACCCCUCUAGAGGGCACUAGUGAUCUCUUACUGUCUAUGGUGACGCCAAGACCGUAUUUUCUUAUCUCCAAAAUGUUUACAUUGUUGUUAUCGCCUAUAGAUCUGCGUGUGGACAGGGAGGGAGGAGAUGAAAUGGGAAAUUUUGGCUGGAUCUAAGGUGAGAAGUUAGCAAAGAACCAUUGCUAUGAAGUAAAACUAUGGAGGCCAGGGGGGGGGGGGAUGAUAGAGUAGAGCGAGAGAAUAAUAAGGGACAUAGGUUAGAUAUAGUAAGACAGUGGUCUGC